AUGGCCGGAACAUUCAUCCUUGCUGCCCUGGCCCUAAGUCGUGUUGCCCUGGCCCACAUUGCAGCUUUUGCUAAGGGCAUGUACUGCGAGAACGGUACAGACCCAGCAAACCCAAAUGUCAAUAGCAACGCACCUGUGUCUCCCUUGUACGAACUCAACCAGGAGGAUUGGUGGUUUCAACACGACCGUGGUUGCGACAAGGUCCCUCCCCCGGAGGGUAUUUUUCUCGAGCUCCCCGCUGGCGGGUCUUUUGACGUCGAAUUAGCGGACAAUCAAGCAUUCACCACUCUUUCUUACAACGGCAAGUAUACAACUGAGUGGCCCGACGGUGGUGACCACCCAGAGGACUGGCACGGCGGUAGUGUUGAUGAGGGUUGUAUUCAGGAUGGAGGAUACAUGCAUGUCCAGAACCAGAGUAUGGCCCAGGGGACCGCCUUUGCCAUUGCCUACGAGAGUGAUCUCGGUGCCAUCAGCUUGGAGGAUCUGGUCGUCUUCACGGUCUUGGAGCAUACACCUUGGAAGCGAGCGGCCACAUAUCAGGUCCCCGCCGCAAUGCCCGCCUGCCCUGAGGGAGGCUGCACUUGUGCCUGGCUAUGGGUUCCCCGUGGCUGUGGCCAGCCUAACAUCUAUAUGCAAGGCUUCAAGUGCAUGGUGACGGGAGCCACAUCCACUACUCCUCUCGCCAAAGCCCAAGCUCCCGUCAUGUGCGACAACGAUCCCUCCACAUGCGUGACUGGCGCGAAGCAAAUGAUCGUCUGGAACCAGGCUACGGGCAAUAACGUCGAGACCAGUGGCUCUCAAACCCCGGCCUACAACGUGCGCAAUGGCUUCAAGCCCGGUGCUCAAGAUGACAUCUUUCAGAGCGCGCCCGUUGUGCCGGUGUCGAGCUCACCUUCAUCUUCAUCUUUGACCACGUCAUCGUCAAUAGGCCGCUCGAUCUCCAUCUUCGCCCGUGUUUCAGCCAUGACGCGUGCGCAAUCCAUUCCUACCACAGGUAGCAGCGCCAGCAGCACUAGCACCCCAACCACAAGUUGCCUUGUCGCCCCGACUAUUCCGACAUUCAGCCUUCUCCCUGGUUUAUCCAGCUUUUCAAUUGCGCCGACGACGCUCUCUACCGUCAUCAAACCGGUCUCCGCGACUAGCGGUCCUGCUGUCCAGGAGAACACAACCCCAGCACCGUCACCGUUAGCAUGA